AUGGGCAUUUCUUGGAAUCAAGAAUCAGACGAUCUAUUCAUAGACGUCGAACCCAUCAGUACCUUCCUCGCCUCAAACCCACCUUCCAAACGCCAUCUCCUCAAAGGGUUGAGCCAAAUUUUUGAUCCGCUGGGAUUCAUAGCUCCAUUCUCCAUAGCCCUAAAAAUGAUGGUCCAAGUCCUAUGAUCCAGGAAAAUCGACUGGGACGCUCCGCUUCCCAGUGACAUCAGCGAGAAAUUCACCGAGGCAACCAGCAACUUAAGAAAUGGAUCAUCGAUCCGGAUCAAACGUUGUCUUUUCGGGCUCGUCGGAAACAACUCGCGCCGCGAACUUCACGUUUUCGCGGACGCGUCCCUCGCUGCCUAUGGCUGUGUAGCCUACAUCAGGGAAAUUCCGAAAAAUAAACGGGAUUCUCCGGCAUUCGUGCAGUUCGCCGUGGCGAAAGCAAGAGUGGCCCCAUUAAAAGGUCACUGGACCAUUCCGAGACUAGAACUAAUUGCGGCACUGUUGGCAGCUCGCUUAGCCUCUUCAAUUAGAAAAUCGCUCAGCUCCAAUAUCGACGAAGUCUUCCUCUACUCGGAUAGCAGCUCAGUACUCGGGUGGAUACGGGAUGAGCCGAGUCGGUGGAAGCAGUUCGUAGCCAACCGCAUAAGGGAAAUCCAGACGCUUUCGGAUCCCAAAUCGUGGAGCUACAUCAGAACGCAGGAAAACCCAGCAGACUUGUUCACAAGAGCUUCUCCACUCGAUACAGACAGGCUCAAAAACCUGUGGCAAAAGGGCCCCUCUUGGCUUCUCACUCUUGAGGAACCGGAGACCCACUCGCUAAAUCAAUCCACCGAAAACGUGUCUUCGGAAAGGAAAUCCGAGACAAUCGUCGCGGUGGCGUCAAACCACCUCGGCGGUGUCCCAGUGAUCGGUAAACAAUUCUCUUCCUGGGGAAAGUCGGUCCGUAUCAUGGCAUACGUGCUCCGUUUCACAUCAUCAAAUGGAACCUCUAGACCAAAAACCCACCAGAUCGACGCCCCUGAAUUCCGUUCCGCUGAGGAUAGACUCAUCCAAAACAUCCAGAGGUCGGCUUUCGGAGCCGAAUUCGAUUCCCGUUGUGAGAACAUCUCGAAAUCGAGUAAACUCUUCCAACUGAAGCCGUUCCUUUCGGAGGAUGGUUUCAUCCGUUGUAAAUCCAGACUCGUGAACUCGUCCCAACUGACGUUCGACGAAAAAUAUCCAAUUAUCUUACCGGGAGAGAUGGCGCUCACCCAACUUUUAGUACGCCACAUCCAUGAGAGCAUAUGCCUCCAUUCAGGCGGCAUCGCCUCGAUCUUGCAUACAUUACGUCAGCGAUUUCUGAUCACAAAAAUCAGGCAGGUAGCGGGGUCCGCAAUCGCCGGCUGCAAGAUCUGCGCGAGAUUCAGAGCCAGCCAGGCUAGCGAGGAGAUUCCCCCUUUGCCAAAGUUUCGGCUAGAGGCUAGUUCGCCCUUCACCAUCGUCGGUAUAGAUCAUUGCGGUCCGAUUUUUUCCAAAACGGACACGGGAGAAAAGCGGAAAGGCUAUGUCACGUUGUUCUCAUGUGCGGUGACAAGAGCCCUGAGAUUGGAGCUCUCGUGCGACUUGACAACCUUCGAAUUCCUUUUGGCCCUGCGACGAUUCAUCGCCAGGAAUCCAGCAGUCCAAAGGAUCACCUCCGACAACGCCCGAACGUUCACAAAGGCCGCCGGCGAAUUAAACACCCUAUUCGAGCACAUGCAAUCGAAUCAAGUCAGAGAUUUCCUGACCAUCAAAAAAAUCGAAUGGCAGUUCUCCACUCCAAAAUCCCCAUGCGACCCAAACGAACCUAGAGCACUGUCUCCGGCGGAUCUGAUGUACGGCUACGCAUCCGGCCAGUACCUUCCGGACACCAGAAGGAUCAUUAAACAAGCGGAAGACGCAUCAGCGAUCGUCUUUUCCCAACGAUGGCGACGCCAGCAAUCCGUUCUGAGAGGUUUCUGGAAACAAUUCCAGAACGAAUACCUCCAGUAUCUCCGCUCACUCCAUUACAACAAACCGGACAGUUCCAAGCCGCUCUCCUACACACAGGCCGCCUCGAUCUGGAAGAAACUCCAAGAGAGGUUCGGAGCGAAAACCGAAGCUCAGCAAUUCGUGGCUGUGAGCAAUUUCCUCAGCUGGGAAUACAGGAGAGAUAAGUCAGUCGACGACAACAUUUCAACUUUCAAGAGACUGAAAUACGCACUGGACGAGUGUAAUGCUGACAUCAAGGAGGAGAUCAUUUAUUUGUAUCACCCUCAUCAACAAGUUACCGCCAAACUGGACAUGGAUUAA